AGGGGUGGGAGUCUCGUCUCUUAACCCAGGUCGUCGCUUAAAACAAGCCAUAGUCUCGCUCGGGUUCGCCAGGUGUACGGACGAGGCGCUUUACGAACCCCUCUUUUCCGGUGCGCGAGUGUGUGUACCUGUAGAGUUGUAUAGGUGUGUGUACACCAAUAGUCUGUUCUCUCCCCACCCGCGGUAUUUUUGGCCUGGUUAAACCGAAGCGUGGACCAAAGUUAUAAAGCACACCAGCUCGAGCGCGCGAGAGCCGCUCUUUUCCUGCCACUUGCUCUGCAACCAGUGCCGGUGACGGUCCGGCUCUCCUCCUGCAGCUCACCUCCGCCUGCUCGCAACAGUAUACCUGUAGUGUGGCUGGCUGUCGGAGUCCUUCUCUUCCGGGUUGUCCGAGAACUUUGGCCCGGGCCAUGACAGAUAUCUGCUGUCGAGUCUGAAAAAAGUUGUUUUUUUUUCGUUAGUCAAUUUUUCAUCGUAAAUUCACACCGGGAGUGUUCGACCGUUCGGUAUAAGUACACCCUCGAGCGGCAGCGGAGCGAAAAGCAAACAUCAAGGCAAUGGCGGGCCUCAUCAAUUCCACGACCACCUUCAUCAACGAUGCCUAUGAAUACUAUCUCUGGACGCUCUCCUUGGCAGAUGAAAGGACGAGAGGAUGGCUGAUGGUGGACUCGCCGAAACCGACGCUUCUCUACACCCUUCUCUACCUCUUCAUCGUGUGGUCUGGUCCUAAAGUCAUGAAGCACCGUAAAGCCUUCAAACUCACGUGGGCCCUCGUACCUUACAACCUCGCUAUGGCUAUGCUCAACGCUUACAUCGCCAUCGAAUUGUUCAUCGCGUCUACCAAGUUACGUUACAGCUACGUCUGCCAACCGAUUAGGCAUAUCACGAGGCCGGAAGAGCUGCAGAUCGCCAACGCAGUCUGGUGGUACUACUUCAGUAAGUUGCUCGAGUUCUGCGAUACCUUCUUCUUCAUCCUCCGCAAGAAGGACAACCAGCUGAGCUUCCUCCAUGUCUACCACCACUCGACCAUGUUCUCGCUCUGGUGGAUCGGUAUCAAGUGGGUUCCAAGUGGCUCGACAUUCUUACCCGCCAUGGUGAAUAGCUUCAUCCACGUACUGAUGUACUCGUACUACGGACUGGCUGCCUUGGGACCGUCGGUCGCCAAGUACCUCUGGUGGAAGAAGUACUUGACGAUCCUCCAGCUGAUCCAGUUCACGACUGCUCUCAUCCUCGGUAUCAACGGUAUCAAGAACGGAUGCGAUUUCCCUCUCUGGAUGCAGUACGCCCUCGUCAUCUACAUGAUCUCCUUCAUCGUGCUCUUCGGAAACUUCUACGCCAAAGCCUACAUUGCCAAGGGUAAACAAGCUUACGCAAAGAAGCAGCUGGAGAAGAGGAGACAGGCCGACGCUGCGGCGGCAAAGCUCAUCGCAGGCAAGGAGGUCAACGGCAACGUCUCGCUGAAGAACGGCCACAGCAACGGCUUCGCGAACGGCAUCAGCAAGAAGGUGCAGUGAGCUUUCGAGCGCGCAACGGCUCAGCAGAGCAGCCGCACCUGCAGCAGCAGCGAACUUAAUUCCCGCGUCACGAGAAUCUCGAGAGCGCGCGAAGUUGCCUCUCGCGACUAAAGAUUCUCCUGAGCUUAAUGAAUUUUAUAUAUAAAUAUGUAUAAACAAUAUACGAUGCGCUGCCACUGCCACCGCCAAUGGCAUACACAAGUGCAAAUACUUGGAUGACAGAGAGAAUCGACGGUAUACACACAACUGUACACCUUCUUUUUCACCGUGUAUUGAUUUGUUUGUUAUAUACAUAUAUGGUCAAUUCGCGCGCGCACUAGUAGAAAUUUUACACAGAAAAUGUGAAGAGGCGACAAAACACGCACACAGAGAAUGAUAAACAUAGAGCAAACAGCGACCCAGACUCGUUGUUCGAUAAUCAAAAGGCGCCUUUUCGCACAAUUCCAAGAUUUGUACUUUGUUGUUCUAUAUUAUAUUAUACGUUAUUCACUAUCGCGGGGAAAGUGGAAACGAAAUUUUCAAGUCGAGACUUAUUUAUAAAUUAUUGCAUCUUGUUUUUUGUUAAUUUAAUGAUGGAAACGUUACACGGAGGUAGCUUCACAAUUUCCAAGUAGAGUUAGAGGCGAAAGAUUUGGUCGGACAAAAAAAAAAUCACGGUACAUGAUGUAGGUACUUUUCGAUGAUGAGCGAAGCUCGCUUUGUACAGGCGUUGGUGUCCACUUUGACGGACCCUUAUUUUCCAACUUUUUUCUACGCUAUAUAUAAAUAUAUUAAUGAAAAUAUAUGUACAUACAUGUAUGUAUACACUCUUUUCAGAUUUUUUACGAUGCUUGAACCGACGUACAAAAUUACUAAGUUAAACGUACGAAGUAAUAAUUAUUUCUAAUUCUAGUGUAUAACGCCGGGAUACUAUCGAUAACUGAUUAUUGUAUACAGCGUGCAAUUGAUUUCAUACAUAAAAUACUUAGUGCAAUUUUUAAUGAAACGGAUGCAUACAUUGUGCAAAACAAGUAAAAAAACGCAAAAAAUAUAAAAAUAAAACAAAGAGUAUGAAAGAGCGAGAGAACGAGCACAAGUGCGAAAGUUUGUGAGCAAAAGAUAUGUAUAACAAAACUUACGUGCAUUGCGAACUUAUAUACGAUCCGCCAUUAUUUUUGUCAAUUGUAAAACAGUCUUACCGAAAAUUUGUUCUUUUAUUUAUACUUGCUUCCAGCUAAGUAUACAACCUGCACGUGUACAAGAUUCACUUGAGUGUAGAAGGCUGGACGACAAGCUCAGCUACGAUUUAGUCAUCUACCGUUCAAUCAUUACGAGUGACGUGUUUUUUUUUUUUUUUUUGAAUCGUGGAUAAAAAGUACCAUCGACAUGUUAAUCGAUAUCACAAUGUAACGAAUAUUACUAUUAUUGUUAUAAAAAGUCAUUGCUGAGCAAUGUUUUAUUAAAAAAAAA